AUGGUCCGUACCAGUGUGCUGAGCGAUGCUCUGGAGAACAUCAACAACGCCGAAAAGGCGGGCAAGCGCCAGGUCCUCCUUCGCCCAUCCUCCAAGGUCAUCGUCAAGUUCCUCGAGAUUAUGCAGCAGAACGGCUUUAUCUCGGAAUUUGAGGAGAUAGAUGAUCAUCGGGGUGGCAAGAUCGUGGUCCAGCUGAACGGCCGGCUGAACAAGUGCGGCGUCAUCAGCCCUCGUUUCAACGUGAAGCUGAGCGAGAUCGAGAAAUGGACUGUCCGCCUGCUCCCGGCUCGUCAGUUUGGCCACGUUGUCCUCACGACUUCUGCCGGUAUCAUGGAUCACCAGCAGGCCCGCCGAAAGCAUGUCUCUGGCAAGAUUAUUGGAUUCUUCUACUAA